AUGUCUGAUCCAAAAGCUGCGCAAUAUCAGAGCCGCGCCGUGCAGGAGAUCUUGGCGCAAGCAAAGAAGAUGAAGGGAGAUCGUUCGGACGAACUGAGGACGCUUGAAGACUCGCUGGAGCUCAAGCAGAACUCAACGACGGAGCAGUUGGUGGACAAGCUCCUGAAGCUGGUGAUAGAUGGUGGUGAAGAAUGCCGGAAGUUGCCAAAGAUGGAGCCUUGA